GUUUCCGAAAAUCACAAUUCAGCCGACAAGUCUGAACAAUGGUUAACAUGAGCUAUCACCAAUUUUUACUAAAAUAUCCACAUUCGAGUUCAAGACAGUCGAGAAGGCGAGCGAAUCGAAGAAAAAGGAAUUAUAGAGACGAGCUCUCUCCAACCAAUCUGCAGACUUGAUUAACAGAGACUUUCUCAAGGUCCAGUGUGAACCGUGUGGCCGAGUAUCUGUGCGUUGCGACUGACUGGGGAGAUGACUGCCGAGUGGCUACACCUGCCCCCGCCAUACCCCCCUGGUGUGGGGCCGUUGUGUGGUGCAGAGUUGGAGGCGUGGUAUGAGGACCUGCAGGAUAUUCUGGGCUCUGACACGGGAGGGGCAAAACUGGCGCGUGCCCCCACAUGCACCGAGAAGGAGCCAGAGUUUCUGGAUGUUCUGGAGAGUUGCUCUUUGACGUGGCUGACAGACGGAAACCAGACAUGGGGCGAAGGGGUUCAGAGGGCAACAGAGGAAGUCCACAACCCACAGCCUCUGCAUCAUACCUCAUCAUCCUCUUCCUCCUCCUCCUGCAUGAGUCCAGCUGUUGCAGAGGAGCGGCGGGCAGAUGCUGAGAGCGGGAGAAGUGGAGAAAGCUCGGCAGGAGGCGGCGGUGAUCUGCUGCCUCCGGAGUUCUUCGAAUUGCUGAGUGAAGGAGGAGUAGGAAUGGUUGAUCCGAGUGGAGCUGUGAUCAGCAGUGGCUAUUAUUACCACCACCAUCAACACCACCCGGCUAAUAAUAUUGUCCAUCCUGCAUCUCCUUCAGCCAGCGAGGAGGAACUGCCCUGUGUCCCCGAUUCUCCAUCCUGCUCCUCCUCAGCCUCCCAGUCGCCGUCUCAAAAUUGUUCUUCCCCCUCGUCACCCGUCUCCUCUCCUUCUGCCUACCCUUCUUCAUGCCUUGGAAAACGCAAGAGGACCACCAGCGAAAGGGCCAACAGUGCCUUGUCCUCCUACGCCUCCUCCAUGCAACGAUCAUCCUCAUCCUACACAUCUGCCAAAAAGAGUCGCAAAGAAAGAGAGCACGAGAACGAGAGGAAGGUGCAGGAGCUGACGGAGCAGAAUGAGCGUUUAAAAGCAGAGAUUGAAAGGUUGGGAGAGGAGGUGCAGAGGACACGUCGAGCCCUGAUAGAGAGACUUGUCAACAACAGGAAAUGAAAGAGAGGGUGGAAGAGAGAAAUGAAAGAUGGCAGGUCAAACACAAUUGGAAUAAGCAAUGGUGGGGAAAAGUGUACCAUGGUGGUCAUGAAAUGCCUCUAAGACAGGAAAGGAUUGAAACCAAAGAUAUUUUAUAAAGGUAGAGGAUUUCUGGAAAAGACAGAGCGCUUAAGAUGGCAAGAAUUAGGGAAGUGAUGAAAGUCAAGACAAGAGAAAGCACAGAGAGAAGGGGCUGCAACAGCACUGCGGCAACAAAAAGACACAGCACGUACAAAGGAAAGGCAGAACAGACUACUUGAAGUGCAAAAGAUACAGAGGUUUUAAUGAAUGUUUGUCGUUUUAAAGAAUGCCUAAACUCUUGAGAUCCAUCAAAUAAGAUGGCAGAGAAAACGCUUAUGAGCAUUUAAUGAUUUGUAUGUUAGACAGAAAGGAACAAAGAGUGCAUUUCAGUGUCAUCCUCUCCCACCAUUUUGCAAUAAUUGUAAUUCCUACAAUAAGGGCUGCAAUCUGGCUAGCAGAGAUUAUUUGCCCCAAUUUGUGGAGAGUUAAGGAGCUCAGGAAAAGUUCGACAAGUGCCCAGUGCAGUGUGAGUAUGAGAGAAUGAUGUUUCUUUGGAAAGAAUUUCUAUUCUUUCUUACUUUUUUAUAAUCUGUGGCUUGUAUGUACCAGUAUUUGUAUUUACAUAAAGCAAGUAGAACCCGGCUAUACUUUCUAAGCUGACCUUUUUUUUAUCGAUAAUGGAGAUUUGUAGUAGAAUUGCCACAAAUUAUUCUACCCUGAAACUAUUUUUAUACAACACUGUAAUAAGUAUAUAUAAAUGUACACUAUUGUACUGUAAUGGCAUGUACUGUAAAUGCCAACAUAUCCACAGUUAUUUUCUCCAUUGUAGUCACAUAACUUGGUAAUUGUAGAAAAAUAUGCAUGGCUUUUAUCUUUGAUGGAAUCAAUUUUAUGUAAUGUACCAUACCUUAUUUGAGCUUUCUUUGUAAUCCUGAAUUUGCAAUAAAAGAAAAAAAAA